AUGCGCGCUAUCGUCGUAGAUGUUCGCGUUCUAAAACCAGUGCAAUUUGUAGAAAUCUCUUCCGUGUAUCAUAGUGGUAUUGGAAGUGAGCAGUUUGCGAUUGCGCCGGCGCCGUGGAAUGGGCAGAAAAAGGCACAGGAAAGCUCGGGUGGGAGUGAGGGACGUGCGGUUGGAGGGGAGCGCGCGCCGCCGGCCACCGAACAAGACUAG